AUGGUACCAUGUCGUCGGCAGGAACCAAAAGGCAAUGGUACCAUGUCUUCGGCAGGAACCAAAAGGCAAUGGUACCAUGUCUUCGGCUGGAACCAAGGCAAUGGCACCAUGUCUUGGCAGGAACCAAAGGGCAAUGGUACCAUGUCUUCGGCAGGAACCAAAAGGCAAUGUCACCAUGUCUUCGGCAGGAACCAAAAGGCAAUGGCACCAUAUCUUCGGCAGGAACCAAAGGGCAAUGGUACCAUGUCUUCGGCAGGAACCAAAAGUUCAUCACGCCAGGUGGUUCGACACUUGUGUUCACUCGAAGCACCACAGAUGAGACCAGACCCUCAGUGGUACACACAGUGGGCGGGUGGAGAGGCCCAUCGACGUGGGGUGGAGAAUGAACCCUUUGACUACAUGUUCCAAACCCCUAUUGAACUCUUUGGAUACUGGUUCGAAGCUCCUAUGAUGAAGCCAAUUACCACAGCUCUUACACAGUGGCUCAGUUCACAGUGCCACAGCUCUUACACAGUGGCACAUUCCUACACAGUGCCACAGCUCUUACACAAUGGCACAGUUCCCACAGUGCCACAGCUCUUACACAGUGGCACAGUUCUACACAGUACCACAGCUCUUACACAGUGGCACAGUUCCUACACAGUACCACAGCUCUUACAGUGGCACUGUUCUACACAGUACCACAGCUCUUACACAGUGGCACAGUUCUACACAGCUCUUACACAAUGGCACUGUUCUACACAGUACCACAGCUCUUACACAGUGGCACAGUUCCUACACAGUACCACAGCUCUUACACAGUGGCACAGUUCUACACAGUACCACAGCUCACAACAUUCCUACACAUGCCACAGCUCUUACAGUGGCACAGUUCCACACAGUACCACAGCUCUUACACAGUGGCACAGUUCCUACACAGUACCACAGCUCUUACACAAUGGCACAGUUCUACAAGUACCACAGCUCUUACACAGUGGCACACCACGUGCACAGCUCUUCACACAAUGGCACUGUUCCUACACAGUACCACAGCUUUACACAGUGGCACUGUUCCUACACAGUACCACAGCUCUUACACAGUGGCACAGUUCCUACACAGUACCACAGCUCCACACAGUGGCACAGUUCCUACACAGUACCACAGCUCUUACACAGUGGCACUGUUCCUACACAGUACCACAGCUCUUACACAGUGGCCGGUUCCUACACAGUACCACAGCUCUUACACAAUGGCACUGUUCCCACAGCUACCUAGCUCUUACACAAUGGCACUGUUCCUACACAGUACCACAGCUCUUACACAGUGGCACAGUUCCUACACAGUACCACAGCUCUUACACAGUGGCACUGUUCCUACACAGUACCACAGCUCUUACACAGUGGCACAGUUCCCACAGUACCACAGCUCUUACACAAUGGCACUGUUCCUACAGUACCACAGCUCUACAGUACUGUUCCUCACACAGUACCACAGCUCUUACACAGUGGCACAGUUCCUACACAGUACCACAGCUCUUACACAAUGGCACUGUUCCUACACAGUACCACAGCUCUUACAAGUCACUGUUCCUACAGUACCAUAGCUCUUACACAGUGGCACAGUUCCUACACAGUACCAAGCUCUUACACAGUGGCACAGUUCCUACACAGUACCACAGCUCUUACAGUGGCACAGUUCACACACAGACCACAGCUCUUACACAGUGGCACAGUUCCUACACAGUACCACAGCUCUUACACAAUGGCAUUCCUACACAGUACCACAAUACAAUGGCACUGUUCUACGUACCACAGCUCUUACAGUGGCACAGUUCCUACACAGUACCACAGCUCUUACACAAUGGCACUGUUCCUACACAGUACCACAGCUCUUACACAGUGGCACUGUUCCUACACAGUACCACAGCUCUUACACAGUGGCACAGUUCCUACACAGUACCACAGCUCUUACACAGUGGCACAGUUCCUACACAGUACCACAGCUCAUACACAGUGGCACAGUUCCUACACAGUACCACAGCUCUUACACAGUGGCACAGUUCCUACACAGUACCAACAGCUCUUACACAGUGGCAGUUCACCAGUACCACAGCUCUUACACAGUGGCACAGUUCCUACAGUACCACAGCUCUUACACAGUGGCACAGUUCCUACACAGUGCCACAGCUCUUACAAUGCAGUUCCUACACAGUACCACAGCCCUUACAGUGGCACAGUUCCUCACACAGUGCCACAGCUCUUCACACAGUGGCAGUUCCUACACAGUACCACAGCUCUUACACAGUGGCACAGUUCACAGUACCACAGCUCUACAUGCAGUUCCUACACAGUGCCACAGCUCUUACACAGUGGCACAGUUCCUACACAGUACCACAGCUCUUACACAAUGGCACAGUUCCUACACAGUACUAG